UACUAAGCAACCUCUAUUCAUUUCUCCCUCUUUAAAUCUCUCUGCAAAAAGCUCAUUUUUUAUGUUAUUAUUUCUUUCUUCUGAAAAACUAAGAGAAAGGGCUGGAAAUUAAAUGUGGCAGAAACAUAGCCACAAAUUUUCUUUUAGAGAAUCUAUCAAAUCUCUUGAAACUGAUAUUCAACAUGCCAACAACCUGGUAGCUGCUCUCCCCCGAGAUUUAUCUGGGGAUUGUAUUCAGAUGAAACUAUCUUACAGCCCUUUCUCGCCAUUCAUGCUAUUUUUGAUAGAAUGGAUGAACUGGAGUUGUUUAGAUACUUUACCGAGUUUCUUAGGCCUUCUUCACAUCCUUGUGUACAGGGUAUAUGUUGAUGGAAUGCCGACAGCAUCUUCAGAAGAAAGAAAAGCUACUGUUCAAGAAUUCUACUCUGUUAUAUUUCCUUCACUGAAGCAACUUGAAGGCAGUUUAAUGGAAUUGAUGGAGGACAAUUUGAAGAAACCUGAAAUUUUGAUCAGUAAAGGAGAGGAAGAAAAUGUAAAGUCUCGAAUGGAUUUUGAGAGAGAGGAUGAAUGUGGCAUAUGCAUGGAAAUGGGCUCGAAGGCUGUAUUGCCAAAUUGUGGACACUCAAUGUGCAUUGGUUGUUUUCACGACUGGUAUCUUCGAUCCCAGUCGUGCCCAUUCUGUCGAGGAAGCUUAGACAAAGUGAGUUCUGAAGAUUUGUGGAUUCUAACUGGUAACUGUGACAUAGUAGAUACUGUCAGUCUUGCGAAAGAAAAUUUAAGACGCUUCUACAUUUAUAUUGAGAAGUUGCCACUUGUAGUGUCGGACAACAAUUUGCUGAUGUACAAUUAUAUGAUAUGAGUUAUAACAAAUAAUAGUUGUUGAUCCCUCGUUGUAACAUUGUAUGUAUAUACCGUUAACAGUUAGUCACCCCAAAGCUAUAUAUUUUUAGUAAAAUCAUUUGAUAACUAGUAUAAACACAGCCGAACUUGUAUUUCAUAAAUGUGUAAAUUUAGUAUUAGAAUUCCUGGUUUUAACUUA